UAUGAAGAGGGAGAGUGGACACUCAAGUCUGUAAGGGACCCUACUCCAACACAGGUCUUAUUGAAUCUGGAAACUCCAUGAUAUUGACCCUGUCUCUCAGACUGAAAAAAUCUCUCAGAGUGAAUUUUCUUUCAGGACUGAGUGUGGGACAGAAGACUGCAGUCCUGGCAGGAACCCUCACAAAGCCCAAAAUCUGGGCUGAGCCACACUCUGUGAUCGCCAUGUAUGCACCUGUUACUAUUUGGUGUCAGGGGUCCUGGGAGGCCAAGGAGUACCAUUUGCUUAAAGAGGGAAGCACGGAUCCUUGGGACAGACAAUACCCUCUGGAAAGCUUGGACAAGGCUAAGUUCUACAUCCAACACAUGACAGACGAAUUUGCAGGGAUAUAUAAGUGUUACUAUAAGAGCCCUGCUGGCUGGUCAGAGCACAGUGACACCCUGGAACUGGUGAUAACAGGAGUCUAUGCUAAACCAAGCCUGUCUGUUUGGCCCGGCCCUGCUGUGACCUCAGGAGAGACCAUAACCAUGCAGUGUAGUUCAUCACUGGGAUUUGGUAGAUUUAUUCUGACCCAGGAAGGAAAGCACCACCUCCAAUGGACCCUGGACUCACAGCAAAGUGCCAAUAGGGAGUUUCAAGCUCAUUUUGUUCUGGACCCUGUGACCAUCAUCCACAAUGGUACAUUCAGAUGCUAUGGCUAUUUUAGGAACCAUCCCCAGUUGUGGUCAAAAUCAAGUGACUCCCUUCACCUCUUGGUCUCAGAUUCCAAGGACCAGUCUCACAUCCACACUGAGAAUGAACCCACAGCCUCCCAGCACGAAAGUCACACAGUUGAAAAUCUCAUCCGAAUGAUCAUGGCUGCCUUGGUUCUAGUGACUCUAGUGAUUCUGCUGUUAGUAGCUUGGCACAGGAAGAAAAUGGAACAAGAUACAACCAGAAGAUAAACAAAAAAAAGUGCACUAGGUUCCUCACUUGAGCAGACCAAGGAAAAUAAAUCUGCUUAUCUCAUAGAAGAAAGGAAGAAUUGUUAAGAAAACUGAUGUACAUUAAGAAACUUUACUCUUUGAGGGUCCAGGAAGCAAAUGUGUUCUGGGUGUAGGGAAUCCUGGGGAUUUCAUUCAAGAGCACUUUCUUCCUGAAUUGUACACUUUUCUCCACAUCUCAUUGUGGAGAAUUGCUUACUAGUUCCUCCAUUCUUCUUAUUUCCAUGUGCCAUGGGCCCUUGCUUCCCUCACUUUCAAAUAACAUUUUCCUUUACAUUGCCAGAGUCAAUGUUGUUCGCAGUUUUUUCCUUUACCGCUGAGAAUUAGAACUCAGUCCAAACAACAAAAAUAAUUGGAAAAGCCAGAUACCAAGAUUGAAUUGAGUGGGAUGAAAAUGAUGCUCCAAACUCUGUCUGUCUGUCUGUCUGUCUGUCUGUCUCUCUCUCUCUCUCUCUGGAAAGUAUUUUCAUUGUUCACUACUAGAAUGAUCUGAGGAUUCUUUAGGAAAACUUCAUAUUUGCCUUGAAAGAAAUGAUGAUAGUGGGAAAUAAAGAGGAGGGAUAUUGUUGCCAUGACUUGGAAGUAGAGCAUGUUACCACCCUUGUUAUUUUCAAACACAUGUAAAUAACAAACAUGGCACACUGACAUUAGCCAGACCUCAAGGCUCUAUAUCUCCACAAAAUUCAGGAAGUUAGAACACCUAUCCAGAUCCUGUAUGAGUCACAUUACCUUUUACACUUCCACUCAAAAUAUUUUAUUUAGCAUGGCAUUUGCUAAACUGUGUUAUGUAUUCCAUUCACAAUCACUGUCAAAAUUCCAAGAUAAGGUCACAUGUGUGCAGUUCAAGAGUGACAUUGAGUUGGUGUUUUCCUUGUAAUUUUAAAUCUCACUGUUGAUUGAUGUUUAAUACAAAAGGAAAUGUUUUGUAUAUGCCCUUAAUCUACCAGGAUGCAAUCAUUAAUUAUGAAUAUUAACCUUUCUUCUACAUUUCAGUAGAUGGUUUCUCAUAAAAGAUAAUGUUAUAUUCUUUCUUUGACAAUCUCAUACAAUGUAUUUUGACCAUAUUCAUACAUCCUCCCAGCUCUGCAUCGUCUAUCCAUUCAGACAGAACUUGUGAAAAAAUAAUGUUUGUCUGAAAUGAAACUUUUAUUCCUUUGUUAGCUUUUGUUUACUGUAUUUUUGACAACCUGUCUCUUUUUUUACAAAUAUGCACACACUGUAUUUACUUUACUUGUCUGACUGUGUUAGCUAAAAUUUUAAGUGCUGUGCUGUACAUGAUAGACAAAAGGGACAGGUUGCAUUUUUUCUCAUCAUCAGGGGACAUUUUUUUUAAAUUUGUCCAUUAAAUAUGUUACCUGAAACUUAUGUAAAAUAUGAUCUCAUUAAAAGUGUUUUGUGAGAAUUUAGAGGAACGGCUAUGUCAUAAUAAAAAAUACUGCUUCUGUCA